AUGGCCAACACAACGGCUCCUGCCAUUCCUGCCAAUCCGACUGCGCACCAUGUCGCCUCUCUCUUGCCUAAGCUGCAAGACACGGAUCCGGAUAUCCGUUACAUGUCGUUGAACGACCUGAACCAAAUGCUCACUAUUGGCCACCCCACCUUCAUCUCCCACGACUACAGCUGCUGCGCACGCGUUGUCGAAGGCCUUUUACACACCCUCAACGAUCAAAAUGGCGACGUACAAAACAUGGCCAUCAAGUGCCUGGGCCCGUUCGUCAACAAGGCUCCAGAGAGCAUCCUGUGCCCGACCUUCGACAAGAUCUCAAACCUCCGUACCGACAAUGCUGUCGACAGCUCUGUACCUGCCCUUGCCGUCAGAGCUAUGGUCGUCGCUCUUCCUCGCCCUACCCCAGCCGUUCCUCGCACACAGAAAGUCCAAGAAUCGUACUCAGCAGUCAGUCGCGCCUUGAUUCCUCGCCUCGUCGGAUACACCGUCAUUCCUACUGGCAAGAACCUGCCUGCACCUCCCAAGGGCAUGAUUCAGGUCGAGGUCGAGACUGGCAUUGACAGUAACGCUUUGGACGUCCUGGUUGAAGUUGCGCGUUGCUUCGGUCCAAUGCUGCAAGAAGCCGAGGUGGAAGCUCUACAAAAAGUCACAGCCGAAGUCUUGGAGAACUCCCGAUGCAGCACUGUCAUGAAAAAGAAGGCUGUCACCGCCCUCUCCGUUCUCUCGCCAUACUUCUCCGACUCGCUCCUUAGCUCAGUCGUGUCACACUCGAUCGAGACUCUGCGCCAGCCUCACCUCACAACCGCCCAGCGUAGGCUUUAUCUCACAAUCUUUGCCUCGAUGGCAAAGUCAAUACCUCGUAAGUUCGGUCCAUACCUCAGAACGUUGGCCCCUUUUGUACUAUCACCUCUGAGUGAGCAAGAGUUGGAUCAACAGAACGAGGAGGCUGCCGAGUCAGACGAAGGCCGCGAUCCCCAGGUCGAGGAAGUACGUGAGGCUGCUCUUCUCGCUUUGGAAUCCUUCCUGGCAUCAUGCAGUCAGGACAUGACACCAUACAUCCCAGAGGUCAUCGACUCGUGCCUUCGAUUCGCAAAGUACGACCCAAACUAUGCUGCGGAUGAGGAUGAUGAGAUGGAUGGAGCAGAAAGCGACCAGGAGGACGACUUUGAUCUUGACGAGGACUUCGAGGAAGAAACCGGCUUCGACGACGAGGACGAUGUCAGCUGGAAGGUUCGUCGUGGUGCUGCCAAGCUCAUCUACACCCUGAUUGCUACUCGAGGAAGCGGCGACUUGCUUGAUAGCGGUGUUCUCUACGAAAGGAUUGCACCAGCUCUUCUGUCACGGUUCCAAGAACGCGAAGAGAGUGUGCGCCUUGAAGUCUUGUCCACUCUUGCCUUCCUUAUCAAAAAGACCGGAGAAGUCAGCUCUACGCCUGGUCUCCGCAGAAUGUCCUCAGCCACAGGUCCUCCGGUCAGCCGCAAGCGUCGUCGUGACAGUAGCUUCUCCAGCGAACGCCCGCAAUUUGCCCUGUCCAAUGGCUAUGCUUCUCCCUCCACGCCUCCACCUUCAGGAGGUCCUCAGGUCAGCUUGUCGGCCAUCAAUCCUCAAAUCGUGCAGGGUUCAGCCAAGUUGCUCAAGUCGAGCACUGUCCCUACCAAACAUGCCGUAAUCUCCCUACUGACAGAUCUGGUUACUGCUCAACACGGUGGUCUUUCAAAACGCAUCGAUCAGGUCAUCGAUCUAGUCCUCGAUGCUAUGAAAACAACCGGUGGCACAACGGGUGGCGCUUCCGUGACGAACAAUGCUCUCCGUAUCGAGUCUCUGCAUCUGCUGCGCGUUGUUGCUGAUACUCACUCCUCCAAGGUCAUCGAGCCAUAUCUUGCAAAGACCAUACCUGCUUUGACCGCCGUAUCCAAGGAGAAGUUCAGCAAGGUCUCGAGCGAGGCAUUCGACACAAUCCAAGUAUAUAUCAAGGCUCUCACACCUCCUCGCUCCGCUGGCUCCAAACAGCAAAACGCUACUUAUCUGCAACAAAUCUACGAUAUCGUCACUCAACGCAUUUCAGCCUCUGAUACUGACACCGAAGUUCGCCAAAAGGCUGUCCAGUCGCUCGGUCUGUUGAUUGGUCGUACCUCUGGUAGUCAAGGGUCGGCUCUUCUCAACCAACAGAGCAGACUCAGUGGUCUGCAGCUUAUCGGCGACAGACUUCGCAAUGAGCUUACCCGUCUGGCAUCCGUCAAAGCCAUUGAGACGAUCGCGGUCUUGGCACAGAGUCCGAAGGAGUUCUCACCUGAGUGGGUCCGCGAAGUGUCUCUUGAGUUGGGUGCUCAGCUGCGCAAAUCCAGCAGAACUUUGCGCGGAGCCAGUCUUACUGCUUUGAAGCGCAUGGCCGUCAAUCCAGCAUGCCGCGAGAACAUCGAUGACGAGACUGUGCAGAAAAUUGUGCAACUAUUGUUGCCUUUGAUAUUGGUGGAUCAGGAUCUUCACCUCAUCGGUCCCGCGCUGGUCAUCAUCGGCUCUUUCGCCAACGAGAGACCACAACUUGUACUGAACGAAGAGGUUAUUCACGCCUACUGCUUCGUGUCCAAGAUGGAUCUUAGCGGCGCUGCUCUCGACGCCUUGCUUGGUUCGCUCGAGAUCAUCGGCAAGAAGGGUGCUGGCAAGAAUUUGAUGAAAUCUCUGCUGGCUGAGGUUGGUGUUAAUGGCAACCCUGAGCUUGUCGGCCAAGUGAUCGGUAUUCUUCUUGUCGCUGGAGGCAACACAGUCGGAGUAACACUUGCCGACUUCGAAGCUGAGUUGAAGUCAACCUCCGAUGAGAAGCGUAGAUGUCUCGCCCUCUACAUUCUCGGUGAAGCUGGUCUGCGCAUGGGUCCAUCAUUCCCCUAUGGACCUGAUUUGUUCACCUCUUACUUUUCGACUACUGAGAAGGUGUCUCUUGCUGCUGCUGUCGCCUUGGGCCGUGCUGCAGCUGGCAAUGUUUCCACCUACCUGCCUCAAAUUCAGUCUAGCAUGAGCCAAGGCAAGCAGUACCUGCUUCUUCACACGCUCAAGGAACUUCUACAGCACACCGCCGCCGAGACGGAAGUGAUCAAGUACUCGAAACAGCUCUGGGAUAGCAUCAUCACUGCCUCUCAGGUCGAGGACAACAAGGUCGUUGGUGCUGAGUGUAUUGGUAGACUGGCCACGAUUGAUCCUGCUGCAUACCUGCCUCAGUUGCAAGCGUACCUCAGCGACUCAUCUCCCACCGUCCGUGGCAUGGUGAUCUCGGCUCUUCGUUACACAUUCUCGGAUACCGAUCCUUCUUACGAUAUCUACCUGCAACCUAGCAUCGUGCCUAUGCUCACGACCAUGCUUAAUGAAGAGGAUCUGAACAACCGUCGUCUUGCCUUGACCACCUUCAAUUCUGCAGCUCAUAACAAGCCUGAUCUGAUCCUGCCUCACCUCGACACUCUUCUGCCACUCGCUCUGAAGGAGACUGUUAUCAACGCAGAUCUUAUUCGUGAGGUGUCCAUGGGUCCUUUCAAGCACAAGGUCGAUGAUGGUCUCGAGCUUCGCAAGUCUGCAUACGAGACAUUGUAUGCUCUGAUGGAGAACGCCUUUACUCGCAUUCCCAUUUCUGCAUUCUAUGAUCGUAUCCAAGCAGGUGUUGGCGACGAGCACGAGAUCAAGAUUCUGUGUUGCUUGAUGCUGACCAAGCUCGUCACUCUUGCCCCAGAAGAGACUGUUCAUCGUCUUGAAGGACUGGCCGCAGCAUUCAGAGCAGUCCUCGCCUUCAAGCCCAAGGACACAGCUGUCAAGCAGGAAUUGGAGAAGUUGGGUGAACACAACAAGGCCAUCGCCAAGGUCAGUGUCAUCAUCAACAAGACCUUCCCUGCCGAGACUACCGCCGAACACGCGCGUGCCUGGAACGACUACUGGGAGUGGGCUAGAAAGGACAUGGCGGUCGUUGUCAAGAACGCAGAGGAUGAACUCAAGGAGAAGGAUCGUUAG